UAAUUUCUGCAACUGCAAUAUAAACUGAGAUCUAAAUGUAGAGUGUGCAUACUAAAAGUGCAGUUUAUCAAGUAAUCACACGCCGAGAUGGGUUGUCAACAAAUCAAUUGCAUUCUACUUUCAUUUCUCUUAUUUCUUAUAUUCGAUAGUAUUGUUAGCUUCGAUAGUAAAUGUCCUUUCGCACUCUAUCAGCAAUAUGAAGCGGAUCCUGGUGUAUACGUGUCCUCAUCCGCAGCUGCGGCAUUUGCAGAAGUGGGUGUAAGGAAUCCCGUACUCAAUAGAAAUUACGAGCGUAGUCAUGUGGCCAGUACCAUUGUUCCAAGCUUGAAUGAUAUUCUUCUCAACUCAAAAGUGUCCGAUAAAUUCCAAUGCAUUUCACCGCCCACCGAUUGUACAAAUGACUCAAAAAACCAUUUAUAUAGAACAUUCGAUGGCUCGUGCAAUAACUUUGAAAAUCCUGGUUAUGGAAUGGCAACUUCCAGAUAUAUGCGAAUGAUGAUACCAAAAUAUAGUGAUGGCGUUUACUCUCCAACAUCUUCAAUAACAGGCGCACCUUUACCAAAUGCGCGUCUACUGUCAUUGGCUUUGUAUGGUGAAACUUCGUUACCAGAUGAUUUUCGAACAAUGGCAUUUCUACAAUGGGGUCAGUUGGUGGCGCACGAUAUGACAAGCUUUCUCAAAGCGAAUACUACUGGAGACUGUUGCUCACAACCGGAAAAUAACUCAUGCUACCCAAUAUUUCUUUAUCCCCAUGGACCUAUUUCUCAGGCUACGUCGAAAAGGUGUUUGAAUUUUGCCAGAAGUGCUUCAGAUGUAGAUACUAUGUGCCAAGAAAGCGGUUUUCCGUAUUCAGAAAAAAUAUCAACGACUUCAGCUUAUUUGGAUUUAUCAUUUGCUUAUGGUAACUCUAAGAGUGAAAACAAAAAAUUUCGUGUUUUCAAAAGUGGCCUGAUGAAGACCAGUUUGGUGAACAAUCGCGAUUGGCUGCCAUUGUCCAUGAAUCCAGAAACCGAUUGCGGCGAAGAUAUUUACCAAUGCUUUUUCCUGCCAGACAUGCGUAACCAAUUUAUACCCACAAUUGCAGUGUUGCAUACGAUUAUUGUGCGUGAGCACAAUCGAAUCGCAAAAAUUCUGGAACGUUAUAACCCGCAUUACUCAGAUGAACGACUCUUCCAGGAAGCGAGGAAAAUAAAUAUUGCCCAGUACCAAAAAAUCACAUAUUAUGAUUGGUUGCCACUACUUGUCGGGCCAACGUAUGCUUACAGUAAGAGUUUACUACACCGCACUGGAAACUAUGAGCAUGUAGACGAUUACGCACCAACGGUUAAUGCCGCGCCAUAUGCAGAAUUUGCCGCGGCCGCUUUUCGAUAUUCACAUAAUCAAAUACCUGGAUGGUUUUCACUGGUCUCAUCAAGACGAGAUUACAAUAGAACCUUACGCUUAAGUAAUCAUUUUGAUCGUCCAGAGAAUUUGAAUUUACUAUGGGAUAGUGACAAUUUUGAUUCCCUUAUCAGAGGUAUGUCUACACAACUACAAAAAUGUCCAGACAGUAAUAUAGACAAAGAGAUCAAGCAUUAUUUUGAUCGCAAGAGCUUUGAGGAAUACGGUAGUGACUUAAAGGCAAUCGAUAUACAGCGUGGUCGUGAUUAUGGAUUACCCUCUUAUAAUGAUAUGCGAGUUUAUUGUGGACUUCCACGAGCAUACGAUUGGGCCGGAUUCUCAAAUGAAAUAGCAGAAGAUAAAAUUGGUUUGAUCCAAAAGAUGUAUGCCUCCCCAGAUGAUGUAGAUUUAGCUAUUGGUGGUUCCUUGGAGUCACACGCACAUGAAUCAAUUCUUGGACCCACAUUUCAAUGCAUAAUCGGACGGCAAUUUCUGAAUGCACGGACGGGAGAUCGUUUCUUUUUUGAGCGUUAUCACCCCCAUAGUGGAUUUUCAAAAGAUCAAUUGGCUGAAAUCCGUAAAGCAAGUUUAUCACAAUUAUUUUGCAACAAUGCCGACUUUCUACAAGAUAUUCAAAUUAAUGCCUUUAUUUUCCCUAACGCUAGAAAUAUCUUAAAAAAUUGUAGAAGUCUCCCUCAACUGGAUUUAUCGAAAUGGAAAGCUACACAAUAAACAAUUUAUUUCAAUUAAGAAA